ACUUCCAUCAUUAAAUUUAAUACUUAUCCUUUCAUUUAAUUAACCCACCCACCUAACAAAUUAAGUGCUCCUUCAAUUCCCCCCUUUCACGUGAGUUUACUCACACUCCCACCUUCUCAUUUCUAGAAACCUCUCACAAGUCACAACUCAUCUCUCUCUCUCUCUCUCUCUCUCCAACUCCCCCAAAAAUCACGAUGAAGAACCCUAGUUUUUUCCUCCUCUCAAUCGAUCAAAUUUUCGUUGUGCAUGUAAUUUUUUUUGGUGAAUAAAUCAAAUUCAACUUCAAAAAUCUACACGUGAUCUUCAAAUUACUCGAUUUCUGGGUUUUGAUCUUCAAAUUUCUGGGUUUGAUCUUCAAAUUUCUGGGUUUUGAUCUACAAAUUUCUCGGUUUUUAUCUUAAAAUUUCAGGGUUUCUGGGUUUUGAUCUUAAAAUUUAUGGGUUUUGAUCUUCAAAUUUCUGGGUUUGAUCGAUUUCUGGGUUUUGAUCUUUAAAUUUCUGGGUUUUUAUCUCCAAAUUUCUGGGUUUCUGGGUUUUGAUCUUACAAUUUCUGGGUUUGGAUCUUCAAAUUUCUGGGUUUUGAUCUUCAAAUUUCUGGGUUUUGAUCUUCAAAUUUCCGGGUUUGAUCAAUUUCUGGGUUUUGAUCUUUAAAUUUCAGGGUUUUUAUCUCCAAAUUUCUGGGUUUCUGGGUUAUGAUCUUACAAUUUUUGGGUUUGGAUCUUCAAAUUUCUGGGUUUGGAUCUUCAAAUUUCUGGGUUUUUUCUUUUACACGACUUCAAUCAUAAUUUGCUUGAUCUUGGAUCGAUUAUGUCUUCAUCGGAAGAAAAUACGCGUCGGGGUAAGAUCCUAAGUAGGUGGGUAAGGAGAUCGGAAAGGGCCAAGAGAUCGAGAAAUUGGAAGGCUGAACCAGAUUCUACAUCAUCUUCUGAAGAAUCUGACGAGUUCAUCCCUAACACAGACGAUGAAGGUCAAGAUCAGCCUGACCCGGAAAUCGAUCCAGACGGCUAUUGCAAGUAUUUGAAAGGGAAGUUGCGUGCUUACAACAAUCCCGCUCAGGGACUAAGGUCUUCAAAGAAGGUGGAACCUAAAUCCACCACCUCUACAACAAUCCAACAACAACCAUCACCUGCUUGGCCAAUGAGGCCAAUGAGGCUUCCGUUUUUCUAUUGCACGCCUCCCGUCGUUUUAUUUAAGGGUACAAUGCCAACUUCCCCUCCACAAGAUUCUCUAAUGAAUGAUGAAAAUUUAGUUGCGCCAGAGACGCCUAAUCAUAUAAUCUGGUCUGCUGAUCGAUCACGUGAAAGGAACCCCAAAUUUGGAGUGAGUAAUCUUGAUAGCCCCUCACCUUCACCUCCACCGGAUAAUUAUGAUUCGGAUGAGACUCGGUCUACUUGAUCUGGUAUUGUGAGCGCUUCAAAUCCAGCUAAGUCAGACUUUCUAACCCACUCUACAAUUAAUCAUUGUUAUUGGGUAUUAUGUUGCCUUGUGUUGUUUCUUGUUGGUUGGGUUGCCUGUUUGGUUGAUGCUGGUUGGGUUGUGUUGUUGGUUUGGUUGCCUGUUGGUUCGAUGCUGGUUGGGUAUUAUGUUGCCUUGUGUUGUUUGUUGUUGUUUCUUGUUGGUUGGUGUUGCUGGUUGGCCUGCUGGUUGGGUAUUAUGUUGCCUCCUGUUGUGUUUCUUGUUGGGUUGAUGUUGCUGCUGCCUGUUGUUAGUUGCCUGUUGUCAGUUGCCUGUUGUUAGUUGCCUGUUGUCAGUUGCCUGUUGUUAGUUGCCUGUUGUCAGUUGCCUGUUGUCAGUUGCCUGUUGUUAGUUGUCUGAGUCACAGGGAGGUUAAAUGAUGAAACAAAAUAAAAAAAUUCAAUGGAUGUUUGAGGGAUCAAGGUGCUUGCUACCAAAUUGGUGCACCUAUUUCUAAAUUGUGUGAUCGUCACAUGAGUUAGAUUGGUGUUCCCAAUUUACGUGAGGCAACACUUCUGUUAUGCUCACAUCCAUUAUGUAAUGCUCAAUGAUGGAAUCCUGAGAGCUUUGUUAUUAAACAUAAGUGUCGAUCAUAAAUACGAAUAACAUGAAAUCAGCAAUGCCUAAUAAGGUGCUCCAUUCCAUUCAUUUACCAUCUAGUUUUUUACAAAAGUAGUUGGAUUUACAUUCAUUUACCAACUGGUUUACCUCUAAUUUCAUCACAAAAACUAAAAGUUUUCUACAUCUUCACAAAAUGU